AUGGUCAAAAGAACUGCACCAAAGGCGACCAUGAGCGCGCAAAAUCCCGCUUUUUCGGUGAUCAAACCUCCAAGAUAUAAGGAACCAAAUGAAAAGGUGGCUCCUUUGGGCUUUGCUUCAUCUGUCAUAAAUGGUAAUACCGUCGAAGGAGGACUUCGUUCGUUGACAUAUAAAUCCAUUUUUGCCCUGCAACUUGUGGAUAACUACUCCACGAUGAAAGGCUGCAUAGUUGGUGAGGAUGGAACGCUUCUGCGUAUAUCAGAGAAAGACUGGAUCAAUGAUGAGACGAUAAAUAGACUUCGCAAAGAGGUCGACGAAUUGAAGAGCCAAAAGGGUACCAGAAACGAAGACAAUGAUGAAAAGAUCUCGCUGUUCAACCUCAGGCUAGAUGAUGAACUUAAUCAGAAGAAGGAAGUGACGUCGCAAUACAGCGAAGAUUUGAAGCAAUACUACACAGUUUUAUUCCCAGACACGAACAUCAGCUUCAACAACGAGCUGUACAGAAUUUCUAGAAGUGUCAAGUUGCCCGUGGAUGUGAAGAGAAUGCAGGAUGUACAAGGCUUCGAUAGCUCCAUCUACGCCGUAAAGGCAGAGGAAAGAAAAAAAGAGGAGGAGGAACAGCGUCGUAAAGAAGAAGAGCAGCGUCUGUUGGAGGAGAGCGCGAAUGAAGCUGCUAUGGAAGUUGAUGCCGAAGAGCCUCUUGAUGACUUCUCGGAAGCAUACGUGGACGACCUCCCCCCAGACCUUUCCACCUCUCUUGGAGGAGAACUACCCGCAGAUGUCGCCAUGGAUAUCCCCUUGGGUAACGAUGGAUUUGGCAACGUUUCUCUCAACAUGAGUGCUGCCAGUGGCAGCCCUGGCUUCAACGACCAGACUUACAGCCAGAGCCCAGGCUACAACGGUACACCUGGUUACAGUGAUUCAAUGGGUCCCCAGUACUAG